AUGGAUCACGCUCUUGCGAUUCUCAACAGCCUCGCUGACCCAGGCGCCAGCGAGACCGUCAAGAGGCGUGAUGCUGAGAUCAGAGGCUAUAUAUCAGGCACCGGCGAUAUGCCGCAGGCGUCCAAGGCGGCACUGCGAGAUGAUCCGCGACGAGCGUUCGAGGUUAUCGAUCCCUCCACGAACUCAAUCGGAUAUUUGUACGUCAUCGACAUGAUGAUGACCACUGGGUCAUUGCCGAGCAAUUUCGGCAAGCGAGCUGUUAUGGAUAAAAUUGUGGUCUUCUUGACGCACUUCGACCCGGUCCAGAUCCGCUACGCUGGCGGUCCGUUCCGGCAGUUAUUAGACACCAUUUCUUCCGGGACAUGGUUUUCGCCGGCAGUUGCCAUCGAGCUGCUAUCGAUCGCGAUUCUACGCAUCGACCCGACCGGAACCAUAUUUACAUCUACACAUCUUAACCUAGCGAGACUGGCCGUUGAGUCGAAUGUUUUGGAGCCAGCGCUAGAAGUUCUGGACAAAGAAAUUACCUGCUAUCCGAUCAUGGCGUCCACUCGGGAAGCGCGUGACGCACGAGAUUCACGACCGCUGUGUGACCCUAGCCUCACACCCGCCGGCUACGUUUCCACAGCUACAGGCCUUACAUCCAGUUUCAAGAGCGGUCAUGUGUUGGAGUACAAUUAUUUCAGAUCCCUCGCGUAUUUAAGCCGACGAGAAUGGGGCAAGGCCUUUGCCGCCCUGGAGCAGGUCGUUACACACCCUAUCAAGGACCGUGGUGUAAGCAAAGUGAUGGCAGAUUGCCACAAGAGAUGGGUUUUGGUUGGACUUCUGAAAUCUGGCAAAAAUCCGGUUCUUCCUUCCUACACUUCGGCACAACCUAUAGCAACCUACAACUCACUCAGCGCCGAAUACAAAACACUUGCAACCUUGUUCGUCUCUCCACAGGCCAAACAGCUGAAGGAGUUGGCGGAGCAGAAUGAAGAAAUCUGGCAAGAAGACGUCACUGCGAGUCUAAUUGCUGAAGUCUUGUCUGCAUACCAAAAAUGGCAGAUCAUCAAUCUGCGAAAGAUCUUUACCGAGGUCUCCAUCGGCCAAGUCAGACGACUGACUUGCAGCGCCCAGACAGGAGAGCAAUUAGAGACGGACGAAGACGUGAUUUCUCUGAUUCAAAGCAUGCUGGCUUCUGGUAUGCUGAAUGGAACCCUGGAGAUUGAUGGUACCGCGGGAAGCUUUCUAAAGUUUGGAGGCGCUGCGUCGGUGCUAACGGAAGAAAACUUUGCACGCGAAAUUGCUACCAGCCACGCUCGCAUAACAGCUCUCAACACACAAUACAAGGAUGUGAAUGACCGCUUGAGCGAAAAGAAAGAGUAUGUUAAGUACAUGGUCGUUGAACAAAGAAGAGCUGAUAAGGAAGGCCCUGAUGCCGGUGUUGGAUUCGACAGCCAGAUUGAGGACGAAGACCUCAUGACUGGUAUUAUGGCGCAUGGUUAG